GACUUGAGUACUUCAGUCGUGAACCACCGCUGCUCCGAGCGCCUCCUCACGAGACCACGAGGGUCGUCCUCAAAAAUCAAUAUUCCCCGCGCAUAUUCUCGCUUCCCUCUAAUGUUUUGCUUACAUGCCUGCAACUUCCCCUCUUGACAGAGGUUUUCAUCUGCUAGCUAACUCAGGUGUUACAGCUCCUAAAGUGAUCCAUCAUCGCGGUGUCGAGUGGAAAAUCUCUAUGCAAUGGAUCAUGUUUUUUCGCAUGUUGACGAUCCUUUAACCCAAAGUCUCGGCUCGUAAACUAGCAUAUCAGACCUACCUAUCCAAUUUUGUGAUGAGCUGCAGAGGAUCUAAGCGUCUCUCUCAUAUAUCCUUAUCUAAGGUGCCUGAUGUAUGUGGCGAUAUGGCCAACCAGGAAGUUUAUUCCUCACCUAGGCAUAGUCUUGAUUAUCUCAAGCAUUCUCGUAUACUAUUACUCCAAUUAUUUGCCCCUCAUCCCCAUUCAAGGCAUUCUAACAGAUGUAGUCGAUGAUGCUUUUUUCGUCAAAACUUCCGGAUGUCGCAUUUCACGGUUGGAUCCAUUCGAUCCCUCAAUUCUGGGCUUCUUGGAAGGUUUUGGCGUCAAUUGUGCUCAAUCGGAGAAAUCAAGACCACCUCUUUUGGACCUUUUGAUUUUAAGCAAUAGCACCAAAAAUUUCAAAAGUAAUACAAAUGCUCGAGACAACAAAUUCUAUACCAAGAGUCACACUGAAGAAAAUGGUUACAACAAGAUCAGGAUUAAGCUUGUUUUGGUGGAAUCUGGAUGCAAGCAUUAUAAUAUAUCGCCUGAAGAUAGAAGAAGUCCAGAGCCCCUAUUCUUUUGUAUUUGGCAGCCUUUCAAUAGAAAAACUCCUAACCCUCAGAUGCUGGACCGUAACAUCGAUGAUGCUAUAGUAUAUGGCUCAAUUUCUCAACCUUUCACUCAUUUUUCUUUGAUUCCUCCGGAAAUUGAAUUUGUGCGUGCUAUUUGUUAUAAAAACGACACGGAAAUUUAUAAGGACUUCUUUUUCAUUCCUUCUGGCAAUCCUACUUUCUUCGAAACUUCUUCUAAACCACUAUCGCCGUCUCCUCGUCACGGGGUCUUACUUUAUAGCCUAGACGCUGUCUCCCGGCUGAAUUUCAUUCGAGAAAUGCCGCUGUUUCAUCAUUUCCUCCGUGAACAUGGCGCAAUUGACUUCGUCGGUUACCAUAAGGUGGGGGACAAUACCUUUCCCAACUUGAUUCCUCUGGUCUUAGGACUCUCAGAGGGUGAGAUCAAGAGUAGCUGUUGGCCAAACAAGUCCUCAUUUUUUGACAACUGCCCAUUUGUUUGGAAAGAAUACCGAUCGAAAGGCUUCAUCACUGCCUUCGUUGAAGAUGAACCUUCUAUUAGUGGAUUUAACUAUCUGAAAAAUGGAUUCCAAAAACAGCCAACUGAUUACUACUUACGUCCUCUGUAUAUUGAGAAGCAGAGGGUAUGGGGUCAUUCUGCAGGUAUCGGGUCCAAUACAAAGCUUUGCAUUGGCUCAGACCUAAAUGUGAAGUUUCUCCUUGAUCAAAUUUUUCAAAUCUUGUCCACUGUUCAACGUCCCAAAUUUGGAUUCUUCUGGGAAACAAGCCUCACCCAUGAUUAUUCAUGUUUGCCUCGCUUGGGUGAUCAAAUUUUCAAGGACUUUUUCGAUAAGCUGAGCAAUGCAGGGCUAUUGCAGGACAAUUUUAUAAUUUUACUCUCUGACCAUGGUUUGCGGUGGGGUGAUAUCCGAAAUACUUAUCAAGGACGCAUUGAGGAGCGUAUGCCAUUUCUCUUUCUCCUUCCUCCGCCAUGGUUCAAGAAUGAAUUUCCGCUCGCGUACCAAAACUUGAAGCGAAAUUCUAAUAAGCUCACAACGCCGUAUGAUGUUCAUGCCACACUCCUGGACUUGCUUGAUUUGGAACAGAUCUCAAACUCUGCUAUGCUUGGCCGUGAGAAGAACCUUACUACUUCGCUCGAAAUUCCACAUGCUUUUUCUUUGUUCACCCCUGUCUCUUCUACCCGGUCUUGUGCAUCUGCUCACAUUCCAGCUGACUACUGCGUUUGCCAUGAUACGAUCCGCAAUUUACCGAACAAUGACCCUCAUGCUCACAUAGCUGCCUCUGUAACAGUUGCCCACCUCAACUCUAUUCUCUCAAACAGUUCCCUUUGUGCAAAACUCCACUUGUACAGAGUGCGCAAUGUUCAGGUGGAGAGGAGCUUAAACAUGACAGUUGCCAUCUCUAGUCCCCUUGAGUUCUGGUCUGUUUCUUUGGAGACGAUACCCGGCAACGGAAUGUUUGAGUCAACAUUGCGACGGCGUGGAGAAGAAGACUUUGAGGUUAUAGGCACUGUGAGUAGAACUAAUUUAUACCGUGGUCAAAGUGAGUGCAUCAGUGACUAUCACUUACGGCUGUAUUGUUAUUGUAUUUGAGAACCGGAAGAAAAAGGCAUGCUGUCGAGAAGUCACGCCUUUUUUAUGUUUAAUUCUCUUGCAAAUCUGGUGAAGAGUUUUCAGCUUGCGCUCCAUUUGCAGAAAACUUCUAUUUUGCUGCUACGAUGCAAAACAUUUGUAAUGAGUUUAACAAAGACGCAAGUUCGGUGGUCAUUGCAGUGACCAUCGAAUUUGCCUUCAAGUCAUCUACAUUUUUUACAAAGGCUUCUGAAAAUUUAUUUUGAAGGGAUGGAAAGUACCUAUCAGUACCACAAAACUUCAAGAGACACCAAUGGUCUACAUCUAGAAGAACGAUUAAAAAUCAAGGAAAAUUGGAUAAAAAUGUCAUUUUGCUUCACAGGUGCGGUUUAGUAACCAGUUGUAUCAGACCAGGGUAGAUUUUUUCUGUUAAGAAAAAAAAAAAAAAAAAAAAAAAUUCUCUCUUGGAUGUAGGGACUUACAAUAUCUGCACCUGAUUUGCCAUAUAUUGGACUGAUAAUAUGCAUGUAUAGGUAGGCAUAACAAAGUUUAACUUUCAUCAAAAAUCGAUGGCCCGCCUUCACUGGAGAGGGAAUUCUUGUCUGAAGGGGGGAAACAUUUGUUUAGAUGUUGAUCAGCAACGAAUGAAGGCAUGAUAUUUUUUAUUGUGGACAUCCCUGUUGCUCUAUGAAUGUCAUUUGAUGAUUUCACGCCAAUUUUUGAAGUUUAUAUAGUUUUGCCACUUCAUGUUCCUUUCAAGCUUCAGCUAUAUGGACACACGAUUGAAAUUCACUUUCUUCUUGUGGAGCCUCACCACAUGAAUGCCGGUGUUAGUACUUCAGAAAAUAGAAUUAUUGCAGUUCGAGACAAUUUUAAUCAAGCAAUGACCUAUAAUGAGUGUCAGUGACUAAGAAAGGCUCUCGGCUCCACUGCCAAACUAAUAUUGAUGGAAAUAUAGGGAUGCAUUAUCUGUAAUAACAGAUUCUUUCCAUUAGCGAAGUACCGAUUCUUCAUUGUAAAACCAGUAUUUUGUUUCUUUUGCCAUGACAAAAUCAAAAUUCUGAUUAAUUAUGAGUUACCAAUGUGCUGUUUGAUAUUUUUUUCAAAUCUAAUGCUAAUCCAAAGUACCCACUGCUGGUGGUGUGUUUUUCUCUUUUUACAUACUGAUUGUUAGAACAGUCCUCUCCUCGAGCUUUUUACCAAAUUGAGUAAAACUAUACAUAACCUAAGUUAAAUAUUUUUAACUUAGAGGACGUUUCUGGGUCAGGAGAAGCUGCUCUUCGGCCGCCAUGAAAUUUUCCGGGGAGCCCCCUUCGGGAGCAACACACCCAACUUAUUUUUUCAAGUGGAAAGACCCCCCACCCUCCCCCUUGUAAUACCUCUGUAGAAAGAACAUAAAUUAAAUAAAAAACUUCGCUCUAACCUGGAGCCAUCAUCUCAAACCGUUUCAGAAUAACGACCGGUUGAAGUUUAAAAUUGUAGCCCUGGUUCUUUGCAGACAGAUUUGCCUGAAACUCGGUAGCUGGCAUGAGAGAAACGAAUUUGACGUUAGAUUCUUUAAAAGUAAGAGUUUUUUGAAACGGCGGCCGCUAAAGUUCAAAGUGGCCGAGAAUUGUUUUGUUUUAAAAAAAAAAAAAAAAAAAAAAAAAAAAAAAAAAAAAAAAAAAAAAAAAAAUGUCAGAUUCCUUUUUACCGCGCCCAAGUACCCCUGGAUUCCGAAUUGCAGCCAAAUCCAUCGGAAAAAAUCAAAAAGCAAAAUUUCGGCAAUUUUGACGUUCUAGCGACCGCCAUUUUGAAAUGGUCUGAGACAUUUUAUGUUUUUUCAACCGAGACAUCUCCCAAGUUUCAAAUCUUGGCCGACAUUAGGUACAAAGUUAGAGGGAGCAGGGGAUUUUCCUAACACCGUGUGGAUUGUUCACAGUAUAAUGCUAUGAUCUUGAAUUUGUUUUCAUAUUUUGUCGAAUGUUUUUUGAGUUUUAAUAAAAUAAAUGUUAUUCACACACAUGAAA